CGGGUGCCGUCGGCCGGAGGUGAAGAGGCGGGGUCGACAUGGAAGUGAAGGAUGCCAGCGCUGAGCUGCUCAGUAACUAUGAGGUGUUCCAAUUACUAACUGAUAUGAAAGAGCAGCGUAAAGAAAGUGGAAAGAAUAAACACAGUUCUGGGCAACAGAACUUGAAUACUAUCACGUAUGAAACAUUAAAAUACAUAUCAAAAACACCAUGCAGGCACCAGAGUCCUGAGAUUGUGAGAGAAUUUCUCACACCAGUGAAAAGCCACAAGUUAACCAAAGCUGAAAAGCUUCAGCUGUUGAAUCACAGGUCAGUGACUGCUGUUGAGAUCCAGCUGAUGGUGGAGGAGAGUGAAGAACGGCUGACAGAGGAGCAGAUAGAAGCUCUGGUCCACACCGUCACAGGCAUCCUCCCUGUGGGGCCAGAGGCUGAGCAGAAGCAAAAUACCAACGAUGAUGUGACAAUGGACGAAGAGGACCCAGCAUAG